AUGAAACAAAAUAUUGUUAGACCUAAUGGAACAAAUCAAUGGAUAGGCAAUGGGGGAGCUGGAGGUUGGGGUGGCCCAGGAGGUAAUGCUGAAGGAGGAGGAACUGGUGGUGCCGGUGGCAAUGGGGGAAAUGGCGGUAAUGGAGGUAAUGUUUGGCUUAAUAGUCCCAAUGGUGUGUUACCAACAAAACAACCGAACGAUACUAAUACUAAUGCAGGGAUGGACUCAGCGUCUAAUUCGCCGAAACCAUCCCCGACUCCACAAUCACCUGCAGAAACAGUAGAGCCAACAACUGAAGGACCUGAUCCAGAACCGCCAAAUACGAAAGCCCCCACAACACAAACACCACCAACAACAACAGCACCCACCACUUUAGAGCCUACAACUCAAUCUCCAACAACUAUACCUCAAACUACUAUAGCGCCAUUAACAGCGGCUCAGACAACUGAUCCGACAACUAAAGUAACCAUUGCUAACAAUGAUGACACAGAAAUCAUAGAACCCACUACUCAAAUGCCCACCACAACAGUAGCACCCGUUUCUACAGAAGUACCGACAACUGAUGAGCCGACAACUACUACAACUGAAACCCCAUCAACAACUGAACCAAUAGAUAUAAAUGAAAAUGAAGACAAUGUUCCCACAACACCUCUUAGUCCUUUAACUAUAGAGCCGACAACUAUACAACCAAUUGAAGUGGUAGAUGAAGUGGUAGAUAUUAAUGAUAAUGAUGUUCCCACAACAGUAGUUAUUGCGCCAAUUACUGCACCUCCAACAACGAUUGAAACAACCAUAACUACAAUUAUACCUACUAAGCCAACUAAGCCAACUAAGCCAACUAAGCCUACUAAGCCUACUAAAGCUACUAAGGCUACUAAAGGUACUAAAGGUACUAAAGCCUCAAAGUCUCCGCCAACAACAGUGGAACCGGAACGCGAGUGUACCGGCAUUUGGUGUAAUAUUUGGGGAAAACCUCCACAUAAACCACAUAAACCAUUAAAACCAAUUAAACAAGAAAAUACAAUUAUCUCAGUUGAUCAUCAAUUAGAUCCAAUUGAAUCACUGGAUCCUUUUGAACCUUUUAAACCAAACCAGAAACCAUAUAAACCUAAUAAAACUGAUAAAACUAGUAAACCAAACAAUUCAAAUAAACCAACAAAAUCAUCAUCUAAUCUAAAUAAAAGUACUAAUAAACCAUUUAAAACACAUAAACCUUAUCUGCCUAAUGAAAGUCAACAAAUAAAUGAUAUGACGGCUCACAACCCAAUGACCACUUCAUCGACUACUGAAGAGUUUAGUUGGGAUUUUGAUUGGAGUAAAACAGAUAACAAAAACAUUAAAAAAGAUAAACCUUAUGAUAAUAAUGAUAUCACUUCUGAUAGGUCGACAACUGAUAUCUUUUUAUAUGAAAAUUUUCAUUGA